AUGUCGCAUGAUCCAUACCACGAGUUUGCCCGAGAUCUGCGCACCGACCUCGAGUCGGCCAAGGAUCUCGCUCGAUCCUACCAGUCCCUCCGCCAGAAUCGAUCACAUUACACCGAGGCUGAGAUCACUUCGUCUUGUGACAAGCUACAAGAUGCGCUAGAAGGCCUGAAGUCGGACCUCGAGGACAUUAAGCAAAGCGUCGACGUUGUCAGCCGUGUGCCGAAACGAUUUGGCCUCGAUGAGGCCGAAAUCGAUCAGCGGCGACGGUUUGUGCAAGACUGCGAGCGACAGAUCGAUGAUCUGUCUCGGUCAAUGUCGCAAUCAGCGCAGGCGCCGUCCUUCGGUGGCAAAGCAGGGCGGACCUACUCGGCUUCAAGAGAAGACGAAAUGGACGGGCACGCGGAUGACGAAGAGGAUCCAAACGAAGCGUUCGAGCGCGAACAUCAAGAGCAACUAAUGCUAAAACAAGACUCAACCCUCGAUCGGAUAGGUUCGACGUUGACCAACCUUCGAUCACAAGCCUCGGCCAUGGGCCAGGAGGUCGGCGAGCAACUCGAGCUUGUGGGCGCGCUGGACACAGAAGUGGAUUCGACGCAGAAUCGGCUGCAGAGAGCAAUGGACAGGAUGGACGACUUGUUACAACGAAGUGACGAGCGACUAGGAGGGUGGUGUGUGUGGAUUCUAAUUGUGGUCCUCUUUCUAUUACUGCUCAUUGUGAUGCUCAUAUGA